AUGGAAAAAAACAACAAUUGCGAUCAACCUCUAGAUGGAGUGGGUCAAGAAAUAUGGAGUUACUUAAUAAAAAAUUGGUCAACGAACGUGACGGAACUACCACGGUUAGAGUUAUUAGCAAUACUCAUUGGAGUAAGAGCGGUACAAUUUGUAAUAACUCAAUUAGAAUUCGAAAAUGUACCGAUAACGGUAUGGUCAGAUUCCAAGUUCGCACUGCACUGGAUCAAAAACCAUUCUCGACUAUUACUAGUUUCCAUACAAAAUCGUAUGGAGGAAAUAAGGAAAACAAAAGCUUCCUUUCGCUAUAUACCAAGUAAAGAUAAUCUAGUUGAUAUCGCAACGAGGGGAAUAUCUCCAAUAAGGCUGAGAAAUUGCGAAUCAUGGUGGAAAGGACCACUCUGGUUGUCAAAAAAAGAAAGUAAAUGGCCUCAAUGGAAAUAUGAAUUUAAUGAGGAAUAUGAAAACGAAGGAAUAAGUAAAAGUUCUACAACAAUGAACACAACGAAAGUGAUAGUAGAUAGAAAAUUUCGAUUAGUUGAUGCAAAUCGAUUUAGUACAUGGUCGAGAUUAUGGAGAACAACUGCACGAGUAUUAAAAUUCAUGAAAAUCAUAUCAAAGGAGAAGUUCACAUGUUUGAAGGAUGUAUCAAAGAAACCAUUAAUAACAACGUUGGAUCGUGAACCAGCCAUGAGAGUCCUAAUCACUCAAGCACAGUUAGAAGAAAUGACGGAAAAAGAGAUAGUAAAAUGGAAAGUAUAUUAUCACGAAAUCGAUCACUAUUGGAAA